AUGAAAAUAUCAAAAGUUUUAUCGUCAUUUUUGGCACUUCUCAUCCUGAACUCAACUUUCAGCACAAAUUUCAUCCUCAAAACUUCACAAAAUGAAAAAAAGUUGUCAAAUUAUGUCUGCAAAGUCAUCAAAGAAAUCACAAAGGCUAAGAAUGACACUCAGGAUGUCUUGAUUGGUAACUUGAGUGGGAAGUUGUGGUCAUCGACAGUCAAUGACAUUGCUGGAUGUGUUGGACAAGAAGCUGCUGUGGUCCUUAGUGAUUUUAAAAUGUUGCUGAAAGAAAAGACAUUAAGGAAGGCAGCUGUAAUUAUAAUAGCAUUAAGUUCAGCCGAUCAUAAAAUUGUAAAUUUCCUGGUAAAUGUCCAUAAGUUUUCAAAAGUUUCGCAUCAUAUGGCUAAAUUUAUCAUCAUUGUGCCUAAAGACACCAAAUUCGAUCAGCGAUUCAAACUUAUUAAUUCGUUCAUUGCUUUUGGCUUUCAAAAUGUUGUUUGUGUUCAUGAAACUGCCAAUCACGACAUCCAAUGGGAAACUUACUUUUCCCUCGAUAAUAAAAAAUCUGUCGAGUUGAAUGAUGUUGGCACCGAGCUAAUAUUUCCGGAUAAAUUGAGAAACAUGUUUGGGUAUCCAUACAAAGUUUACGUCUACAGUCAAAUUCCAAAAUUGAUAAUUAGUCAUGGACGACCUCUAACACCGUUGGCUCAUUUCAUGUCGGCAGUUCAAAAGAUCCAAAAUGCAACAGUUCUUUACAAAGUUUUGAAGCAUGAAACUUUGUUGAAAAAUGUUUGGAUGGAUCGAUUAAUGGACCUAACCCUAAAUACUGGAUAUAAGUUUUAUACAUCCGAACCUAAGCUGAUGACAUAUGAGGACAGUGGAUACUGUGCAUUGAUUCCGUUGCCAUCAGAAACAUCAUAUUCUCAACUUAUCUUUAUCAAACCAUUCGAUGGACUAACUUGGCUGUUCUUAGCUCUCACUAUGGCUUGUUCUGUUACUGUCUGGUGGAUGUUCCAAGGUCGUGGUGCUGUUGAUUCUCCUAGGCUCCUAGUUUAUGGCAUGUUUGUCAUGUUCAUCGGACAAGGCGUUGAUUUCAGUCGAAAGAACCGCUUAGUGCUGAUAAUUCUGUUGCAAUUGAUCAUUGUGAUGAUUUGGAUACUCUGCAAUGCAUAUGAAGGUGUUAUCACAUCCUUCAUGAUCCAACCAAUCCAAGAAGAACGAAUGUUGACAUUCGAUGAUUUAGUUGCAUCAGAUUAUGAGAUUAUCACUGAUGAAGUAUUUACCAGGGCUAUUAGGGAUACUGGAAUCUAUAAAUCAUUGAUGAUGAGACUAAAUUCGUCCGGAAACCAACUUAGAGAUGAGCUUAAAACUGAAAUUCCAAGACAGCACUAUGUAUUCAUCAUGAAUUGUGACAUAGCUGAAAUCAUGAUCGAUAUCCCAACUGUAACUGGCAAGAUAGUAUCAAACUUUUACUAUUUGCUGCCUGAGAAGAUGUUUUCAUACCUUGAAGAACUUGAAGCCAGCUUUUUCAAUCCAUAUGUUGAAAGACUUCAGUACUUUAUGGAUUUGUCAUUUCAAGCUGGUUUGAUGCACAUCUGGAAGGUUAUGUCACCUGAAAAUAGAUUUUUCGAAAGAUUUCGUCAAUCAUCAAGCGAGCAAACUUAUCUUGAGCUUAAAGAUUUUGUGGUAGUCUUUUGUAUUCUUAUGGCUGGAUGUGCUUUAUCAUUGGGACUGUUUAUAAUUGAGAUCUUCUUUCAUGACAUCAUCCAGAAAUUAGAGCUUGCAAAUCUAGCACGGAAUUUGAAAAACCAAGUUCAUCAGAUGGCAUAUAAGAAGAGAAAGCAGCCAAAGCAUCCAAAAUAUCAAAGAGGUGCACUUUACUACAUCAUUCAUAGGCACAAGCGAGUCAAGAGAUUGAAGGCUAGAAAGUUGAAAGUUCGAAGGAUUUAUGUCCAGCCUAGGUUUCCUAUGGACUAA